AUGUCGACAACUGCGAACGACGCCGAUCGUAUCACCCAAUUCAAAAACAAGGGAAAAGAUACCAACGUAAGUUGAUAUAGCUUCCGCUGCCUUAUCUUGAUUGAUUAGCCAGCCAUGAACACCUAGUUUACAGUGUUGCCAUUUGUCUAGCACCAUGCAACUUGACGUUGUUCAUCUGCAGGAAUUGAGGCGCAGGAGAGUCGAGGUCAACGUCGAACUUCGAAAGGCAAAGAAAGAUGACCAGCUUCUCAAAAGAAGGAACGUCAGUAUCUGCCCAGAUGAGCCUACAUCUCCACUCCAAGAGAAGGACCAAAAUGCACAGGUAUUUUGUAUCCAUACUGUAACUACCCUUAUUGGAAACUCAAACAGGCAAUGGCAAACUUUUGAUUAUGACAGUGUACAGGCCAUCAACAAAGGGUGAGCAACCUAAAGAUGUCCCUCAUCCCAAUAGAUUGAUUUGUUGCCUUGCUGUCCUGUACUCUGGUCUAUCAGAAGGCUGUUAGCUACGUCUAUAAUCUUAUAAUCUGUCAAUUUGUUCCAUUGACACAUGCAGACGCUCCACAGAUACCAUGCAAGGUCAUGUAAUUAAUGUGUAAUCCUGCCUUGUUUCCAUAGCCUGCACAGCACUGGACGGUUGAGGAGAUUGUGGCUGGUGUAAAUAGCCAAAGCCUAGAUCAUCAGGUGCAGGCUACCCAGGCAGCCAGGUAAAUCACUAAGCGUUUCAUUGGAAACCCGUUUUGGGUAAUCACUGUUUCUGUUCUGACUGUUGGCUUUGUCUGUCCCUAACCAUAACAUUUGACCUGGCUUUCUUCCCCCACAGGAAGCUGCUGUCCAGAGAGAGGCACCCUCCAAUUGAUCGUAUCAUCGGUGCUGGGCUGAUAUCAAACUUUGUCAGCUUCCUGAGCCUGGCAGAGUGUCCUCCCAUACAGUUCGAGGCGGCCUGGGCCCUGACCAACAUCGCCUCUGGCACCUCGGACCAAACCACCGCAGUGGUGGACGGGGGAGCCAUCCCGGCCUUCAUUAGCCUGGUGAUGUCCCCGCACCCCCACAUCAGUGAGCAGGCAGUCUGGGCCCUGGGCAACAUCGCUGGUAAGAGAAGGCACACUUUUACCCUGUAUCGAGAGCGACUAUGGCUUGACUGUUGCCAUUGAUAGUGCAGAAACAGUGCGCUGAAAGCUUUUCCCGUGUUUGUUGGAAUAACUGAUCCUGUCAACCUGUCUUUCACGUCUGCAAAUCUUUAGUGUGAAACUUCAUUCUUAUUUUGCACAAUUUUUAUUGGUAUUUCUCUUUUGAAAAUACUACUACUUGAACAUAUGGUAGUUCAGUAAACCUUUUGCAAUAAGCCUCCUUACUCUGUCUGUGUGGGGUUGUAUGCCAGGUCAACAGGCUUCUGACUGACCACAGUUUUGACAUGGCCUGAUUCCUCCCCUUUCCUCAGGUGAUGGCUCCGCCUACAGGGACUUGGUCAUCAAACAUGGCGCCAUUGAGCCCCUACUGACUCUGCUGGCCGCUCCUGAGCUGUCUGUGUUCUCUGUAAGUUUUUUAUGUGUUAUGAGGAAGAGCUCUGGGUUGUUGUGGAAUUUGUUAGCAAGUGCUGCAGGAAAUUCCACUCGUUUAUCAGCUAUUUUUCGUUGGUGGUUCUUGUAAAGUAGGAAUGUGGUUGAUUUGUCGUGCUAUGUACAGUUGACUAUUUAGCUUUCUCAUCUUCAUCUUGGCCCAUUACCUCAAUUUGCUGCAUCCAUAAAUCUAAAUAUAGAGGUGUGUGUGUGUGUAUAUAUUGAUCUCUAACGACGUCUCCCUCCUUCCAGUCUGGUUACCUGAGGAACGUGACCUGGACCCUGUCCAACCUGUGUCGUAACAAGAACCCUGCUCCGCCAUUGGCGGCCGUGCAGCAGCUGCUGCCCACGCUGGUGCGCCUGCUCCACCACGACGACAAGGAGGUGCUGGCCGACACCUGCUGGGCCGUAUCCUACCUGACGGACGGCCCUAACGAGCGCAUCGAGGUGGUGGUGGUGCAGGCCGGCCUGGUGCCCCGCCUUGUCCAGCUGCUCGGCUCCGGGGAGCUCACCAUCGUGGUACGUCCCUUCACCGCG